AUGGAAAGAUUGCUGGACUCUGGAAGUGCUGAUGGUGCAGGAAUACGGCAUAUCUACCACGGACACGUAUUCUCCGACUAUUGCAUAAGAUCCCAGUCCGAUCGGCAUUUGUCACUUGUCCAGGGCUCUGCGUUUCAGCACUCAAUCGUCCCCUUCUCCAAACGCUGCGUCUCACGCCGCGUAUCGGUCGAUCUCUCGGUUCAAGAUUGUUCAUCCAUUGGGCUGGAUUUGGUUGCUUGGAUUCCCAGAACCCUAUUGUCUCUACGAAAAGCCCCACUUCCUAGGCUCCUCCUCAAUAAUGUGUCUUGCAUGAGGAACGGGCACCAAAUCCUGCGGCAUACAAAUGUCUCUCUUCAUGAUGGUAGUGCACUGGUGCUGUCUGGUUAUCCAAAUAACAGUAAAUUAGAUUUGCACAAUAUACAAAUCACGCGCUUUUAGAGAGGGGAAUCUUUGUGUCACAUCACAAUAUAACCAUCUUAUCUUACCCACUUUGUUAUCCAUCGACACGUGUUGUACUA